AUGAAGCUAUUGGUCCUAGCGGCCAUUGUUGUGGUCGUUUCAUCCGGUCAACUUAGUGACGUCGUCGUGAAGUCGUCAUGGCCCUGGCAAGUCGGAAAAUUAUAUCACUACGAUGUGGAAACACAUACCCUGGCGCGUUACUUAGACAGUUACAGUUCGGGCAACGCUUUCAGAGCCAAGUUUACAGUGCGAGUUAAGUCAGAAGGCUACCUACAGGCAAGAUUGGAGAAACCGGAAUAUGCCCAAGUCUACCAAAAGCUGGAACGGCACGAUCCCAUGCCGGAAGAUCUUAAAUACGUGCCAGUACCAAACUUGGACAAACCUUUUGAGAUUUAUGUAGAAGGUGGAAGAAUACUUUCAGUGAAAUUGCCAUUUUCUGUAACACUGAUGCAAGAAAACUUGAUGAAGGGUCUAAUCGGUUCGCUUCAAGUAGAUCUCACCACCCAUCGUAAUGUUAAAAGCUCACAUGACACGUACGAUAGUGAAGUACAACAGGGAUUGUUCCGCAAGAUGGAAAUCGAUGUGACGGGCGAUUGUGAGACUCUUUACACAGUAUCUCCUGCCGCGUCUGAAUGGAGACGGGAACUACCCAGUUUUGCUUCAGACGAGGAACCAAUUGAAAUUACGAAGAGCAAGAACUACGGUCACUGUCAUCAUCGUGUAGAUUAUCACUUCGGUGUACCAGAAGGAGCAGAAUGGUCUGGCACCGCACAUAAAUCUGGAAAGGAACAAUUCAUAAAUCGUGCUACGGUCUCAAGAAUGCUGGUUGGGAAGAAUGGUCACAUAUACAAAGCUGAAACAACCAGUACGGUCACUGCUCAUCCCCAUUUAUAUGGCGAAGAAAAGGCACAAGUACACGGCAAAGUACGUUUUAAUUUAAUGUCAUAUGGAGAUGAUAAUGAACCGGCCUGGGUGUAUCAAGAAAGUCCACGUGAAGUCACCAACUUGUUAUAUGCUUUGACUGCUAAACCAAUUGAUAUCAAUGAUAGCUCAUCGUCUGAAAUGUCGAUAAAAAUUGAGAAACAUCCGAGACAACGUCGCUCCAGUAAAAUGAAAUCUUUCGUCUCUAUAAAUAAGAAGGUUGUUACUGAAACACAUGGUUCUUCUAGCUCCAGUGAAUCAGACUCAGCCUAUGUAAACGAUGACAUUCCCAAUAUCAACGAACCCGCCUAUGCUUCUCUCUAUAUGAACCCAGAUCCUCAUGGUGAUAAGAAACAGAAUCCGAUGAAUGCCCAGAAGCUUUUACAAGAAAUUGCACAACAAUUACAAAACCCUAACAAUAUGCCGAAAGCGGAUACUCUUUUCAAAUUUAAUAUUCUAGUUCGUGUGAUCGCCAGUAUGAAUUAUGGACAGCUCAGUCUGACAAGCCGUAGUAUUGAAAUUGCUAAGUUGGCUAAUGAUGUCGUCAAGUCUAAUAUGUGGAUGAUCUACAGAGACGCUGUCGCCCAAGCCGGUACUCUGCCCGCAUUCCAACAGAUAAAGGCUUGGAUUGAAAGCAAAAAAUUAGAAGGAGAAGAGGCGGCGGAAGUUAUUUCCGUGCUCGCAGUAUCUCUAAGGUAUCCCACAAAGGUGGUUAUGAAACAAUUCUUCGAUCUCGCCAUGAACCCCGAGGUUACUAAACAGAUGUUCCUUAAUGACACUGCACUAAUCGCUGCCGCUAAAUUAAUAAACAUGGGACAAGUAAACAAUGAAACCGUGCAUCGUUACUAUCCGACACAUAUGUACGGCCGUCAAUCACCUAAGGAAGAUGCCUUCGUUGUCAAUGAGAUUCUUCCCCGUCUGAAUCAAGAACUUCAACUGGCUAUUGAAAAUGGGGAUAGUCGAAAAUCACAAGUAUAUAUCAAGGCCAUCGGCGAACUUGGUCACCCAGCUAUCCUGGAUAUAUUUAAACCGUAUCUUGAAGGCAAAAUUCCGGCUUCAACUUACCUUAGAACCAGAAUGGUAGAACACCUCUAUGUUCUGGCCAGAGGCAGGGAUGGUUAUGUACGUGCUGUGUUAUUUAGUAUUUUGAAAAAUACUGCUGAACCCUAUGAAGUCAGAGCAGCAGCCAUCGAUAAAAUCUUUAUGACACGACCAAGUACAGCGAUGAUGAUGGUAAUGGCACAAAUGACUAAAGACGAUCCUAGUAUCCAAAUCCGUGCAGCCCUUAAAUCGGCAAUUACAUCUGCAUCAGAACUUAAAAAUCCAAGAUUCCAUGACCUGGCAAGAACAGCAGCUGCUGUUAAGGAUAUGCUCACAAGUGAAGAGUUUGGUUUACAAUACUCAGGUAAAAACUUCCUGGAACACUACGACAGGGAUGAGCAACCAAGUUCUAUGUCAGUACUCUCAAGAAUGGGAAGCAAGGAUAGUCUGCUUCCGAAAUAUUGGAGAUAUGCAUGGAAAGGAAGAGAAGGCGGUUGGGAUCAGGAAACAGUGAUCUCAGGAGCUGCUUCAAGUUGGCAGCAACUGUUUGAUCUCUUCGCCGAUCAGAUGUUUGGACAAAGAAAACCCGAUCAAAAUCCCGAAUACAAUCCUAAAUACUCCGCUGAAAAGAUUGCUGACAUGUUAAACGUUAAACAGGACGACCGGGAAUCAUUAGAGGCCUCAUUUUAUAUUAAUUUACUAAAUCAGAGGAGGUACUUUGCUUUCAAUGAAAAUGAUGUCAAAGAAUUAGGCAUUCAAUUUGGAGAGUACUUAACAAAUCUCAAAGGCGCUGCUAAGCAAUACACUAAAGUUGUUAACAGGAACCAAGUGUCGGUCAUGUUCCCUAUAGCUACAGGAGUACCAUUCAUUUAUAAAUAUAAGGAACCGGUUCUCCUACAUGUUCGUGCUGCAACUAAAGGAAACGUCGAUUUUAAGGAUAGAGAGGAAUAUAAGUCUGCUGCUUCUGUCAAUAGCGACUUGAGGAUAAUAUACGCUGAAAAUUAUGAUGGCAAUGUUGGUUUUCUAGACACUCUUGGUAAUCAACUUGCAAGCGUUGGAUUAGUGAGAAAAAGUCAACUUAAUAUUCCAAUUAAAAUAGAACUUGAAAUGAAAUCAGGAGAGGUGAAGUUCCAUUUAAGUCCGUUGGAACCCGAACAAGAUAAUACUAUAGCUCAUUAUAGUGUUUGGCCAUAUUCCGCAAACCAGAAAAAGGACACUUUAACACCUAUAUCUCAGGAUCCGACGUCAAAAGUUAUUAUGAGACCAGAGAAAGUAGCUCAGAUUGAUAGCAAGUUUGGACAAAGCUUUGGAUCCAUAUUCCAACUUCAGGGAUACUCUUAUUCUGAAGAUUACAGAUAUAUACGAGACACGCUGAAGUCCUACAAUUACUUAUCUAGUAUUAGCAGGAUGUUCAAGCAAAAGGAUAUAGCUCAAACUCACUUUAACCUGAGGUACUUGGGAAAGCAAUCUAAGAACAAAGGAGUCACAAUCACAGUAGCUUACGACACAUUAUAUAAUCAAAAAGAAGACGGCGUUAUGCCAAUUACGGCAACUGAAGUGAAAGACUCGACACCCAACAGCCCGUCACGACGAGAGGAGUUGAUUAAACGUGUUAUAGCAGGAAUAAAAUCAUCAAGAGCACACGUCGUUGAUUUGAGCGCCAAAUUCGAGACAGAACAGAAGUUGGAGUAUACUGCGACCCUUGCAAUCGGCGAUAGUGUCGUCGAUCAAAAGAUUCAGUUUGCUUUACAUGCUGGAAGAAACUCUGACCAAUACGGACCAAAUCAGUUAAAUGCCGUAGGUAGAGUUACGAAACCACUGUCAGAUUCUCCUAUUAAUUUCCAAAAAGCACUAGAAAAAGAACUGAAAAUGGACUUUGAAGCCGAUGUUCUUUACAAUCAGAAAGAAAAUAUCCACAUCCUUGGCUCUGCCGAAAGAACAAAGAAGUAUAUAGAAGAACUUCAGAAAGAACCACAAGUAAAGAGAUGUCUUGAAAACUAUGCCAGAGGUAAUUAUUACCAACACGACUGUCAUGAGGCGCUUGUUAUGGCCCACGCCCCGGACAACUUUAAAUUCAGUGUAAGUUACAAAGACGUCAGCCCUGUGAUUAAAAAUGCGGCAGCUUACGCUUACAGAAUUUUAGAUGGGCUUAAUUUAUGGAGAUCUGAUAUUAAUAUGGCUAAGACAUUACCUGCUGGAAAACUUGAACUGAACGUUGAUGCUUCAUACUGGAGGAGAUAUUUAAAUCUCAUCGUAAAUUCUCGUUUUGGGGAAUUGCGGGUAAACAAUGUACCUAUACCUGAAGUUACUUCAAGAGCUGUGUCUAUGUACUGGCCGAUCAAUGCCUAUGAGCGAAUUCUAAACUACUACAGCUGGCAUCAGUACCAACCAUACUGCAGUGUAGACAGUAACAGGGUAAGAACCUUCAGUGACCGAGAAUAUGAUUACACGCUGUCACCUUCCUGGCACGUAGUGAUGCACGAUGAUAGGCCCGGCAGAAACGAGGACCUAGUCGUGCUCUCCAGGAGACCUCAAGAAAAGAAAUUACAAAUAUACAUAUCUUACAGAUCUCACACUGGCAAAUACAUAGAGAUGGAAGUCCAACCAGCUCCGGACGCACAACAGAAACACUCUGUUCAAGUCAAGACAAAUGCCAAGAAGGUAUCUGAAGGAGAACUUACAACAUAUUGGGAUGACGUCAACGAAAGUCCGCUACUGGAAUACUACAGCACCGGUGACAAUGUGUUAAUGAUCCAAUUGCGUGAUAACCGUCUCAGAAUCGUAUAUGACGGAGAGAGGAGCGUAGUUCUUUCGAGAGACAACCGCAAGAACAUCAGAGGAAUAUGUGGAAGAAUGAGCGGUGAUCCCCGCGAUGACUACCUGACGCCCAGUGGCCUCGUUGAUAAACCAGAAUACUAUGGAGCUUCCUACGCUCUCAUCGAAGACGAGAAUGAUCCCAGGACACAGGAACUGCAAUCGGAAGCUAAAAGAAACGCGUACGAGCCACGAAAACAAUACACUACAAUCUUGCAAUCUGACAACAAAUGGCAAAGUGCUAUGCUUUCUUCGUCAGAAGAUGAUUGGGAGUCUAACAUCGUAUACAGGGCAAGGAACUACGGAAAGAGUAAGGGAAAAUGUAAAGUAGUCCCUCAAGUGCAGUAUUAUGAGAACCAAUCACAGAUCUGUAUAACCACGAGCUCCUUACCGUCCUGCCAGUCCACAUGUACCGGAGGCAGCUACAAGAUCCAGUCUACAAAAGUUGUUUGCCGCUCCAAGCUGGACCCUCAGUUCCAAUCUUACAGAGACGAAAUCAAACUCGGCAAGAGUCCCAAAGUCAGCGGAGAACCUCGAACUGUAGACUACAGAGUCCCUAGUUCUUGCAAACCAUAA